GUACUUUUUCUCUUUUUUUCGUCCCCGUCGACCACUUUAUUCAUCAAUGUGCUUGCGUUUCUGCUUUUGACCUUUACCCCCACGCUGUUCCUAAUCAAUAAUCCAUCUGUAACUUCUCGAGUAACUCAGCAGUGACUCGUCAACAACUUCAGAAAAACGAUCCUCCUCAUUAAACGCUUCAGGAACGUCGUCUUCGUGUGUGAACGCAACCGUCAGUAACGCGACAAUAUGUGUACUAAUAAAAUGCCAGCAAGCCACCCGUUAGGCGUCAAUGAGCCAAUACUUAAGCCAUCAAUAACCCUACAAAAAAAGUGUCCCACGUGUGUCGGAAGGAGGAUGCGAGUGAGUGGUUGCCAUGGCAACAGUGACCUGGAGCUCAGAGGUCACACCAUCAAGCUUCAAAGGAUGACAGACGCUCAGUUCAUGAACGUCUAUGACAACAGUGAGUUCAACUUGAUGCCGUAUGACUACAUCCCUCCUGUGGACAUCAAGACUGAGGCCUACAUACCUGAAACAGCGCACGGCCCUUAUAUCCAAAUCAUCGAGGAGCCCAAACAGCGUGGCUUUCGCUUUCGUUACGAGUGUGAGGGUCCGUCCCACGGCGGGCUGCCGGGAGCGUCCAGCGAGAAGAACAGAAGAACGUACCCAACUGUCAAGAUCAACAACUAUGUGGGACACGCCCGCGUGGAGGUCCAGCUGGUCAGCCACACUGAGCCCCCCCGCGUGCACGCCCACAGCCUGGUGGGACGCCACUGCAACGAGAACGGCACAUGCACGCUCGACAUUGGCCCCAAUGACCUGACCGCCUCUUUCAGUAACUUGGGAAUCCUCCACGUGACCAAGAAAGGCGUUGUUGAGGUUUUGACACGAAGGCUGCGAGACGAGUGGAGGCGACAGAGAGGAGGCCACGCCCACCUGACAGAGUCAGAGGAGAGCGCGGUGCUGAAGGAGGCCAAGGAGCUGUCCAAGGUGAUGGACCUCAACAUCGUCAGGUUAAAGUUCACCGCCUUCCUCAAGGACAGCAAUGGAGGAUUCAGCCGAGCGCUGAAACCCGUGGUGUCCAACGCCAUCUACGACAGCAAGUCUCCCAACGCAUCCAACCUGAAAAUCUCUCGCAUGGACACGACGUGUGGCUCCGUGCUCGGAGGAGACGAGAUCUUCCUGCUGUGUGACAAAGUCCAGAAAGAUGACAUCGAGAUCCGCUUCUACGAGGACGAGGAGGGCGGCUGGGAGGCCUUUGGCGACUUUGCACCCACGGACGUGCACAAGCAGUACGCCAUUGUGUUCAAAACGCCGCCAUAUCACAGCGCUGAGAUCGAGCGUCCCGUGACCGUUUUCCUGCAGCUGAAGAGGAAGAAGGCGGGCGACUGCAGCGACCCCAAACACUUCACGUACAUCCCACAUGUGCAGGACAAAGAGGAAGUGCUGAGGAAGAAGCAGAAGCCCCUCCCCCACCAUGAACCCUGGCCAGGGGGCGGGGCAAGAAGAGGAGGAGGAGGAGCUGGUGGCUUUGGAGGGGGAGGGUCUGGGGGCGAAGGCUUUCACUUCAAUCAACACAUGAAUGGCGCGGCAGGGGGCGGGGGAAGAGGAGGAGUUUUCCCUCCAGGAAACUUUAUUGGCUUUUGCGGUGGGGCCCAGAUGUCGGGCUCCACCCCCCAGCAGUCACAGAGACAGCUGUCCCACAUGGGUACAAACACGUCCACUACGUUGGGAGCGCCUCGCUCGCUCACGUCUCUUCACGUGAGACCUUUCUCUCUCUCCACAGUCGCCGCCCUCCACGCUCGAGUGUCUCGCGGCGCUCGCCAGACCGCCGCCGCCCUCCUGCAGUACUGCACCAGCGGCGACGCGCGGGUCCUUCUGGAAGUCCACAGACACCUGUGCAGCAUGCGGGACACCAACGGAGACACUCCUUUGCACCUGGCUGUCAUCCAUCAGCAGACAGGCGUCGUCCAGCAGCUGACUGACACGUUGCUUAGCAACCAGCAGGCGCACGUCCUCAACGCCACCAACCACCUGCAGCAGACGCCACUCCAUCUGGCGGUCAUCACCCACCAGGCCAAGGUGGCAGAGACGUUGCUGAGGGCGGGGGCCGACCCCACCCGGCUGGACAAAGACGGGCGCAGCCCCCUGCACCUGGCGGCACUGGCUGGGGACAGCGCCACGCUCCGGCCCUUACUGGCUCACCUCGGGGAAGGCCACGCCCACCUGUUGACCUUGCCAGAUUACCACGGUCUUCACCCGCUCCACCUGGCCGUGCGCAGGGACGGCGAGCGCUGCCUCCGCCUGCUGGUGGAGGGCGGAGCCAAAAUCAACGCGCCCGAACUGAAAGGCGGGCACACGCCACUGCACCUGGCCGUCAGAGAGAACCUCUUCAAAACGGCGUGCGUUCUCAUCACCGAGCUGAAGGCGGACGUGAAUGCACGCACGUUUGGAGGAAACACACCUUUACACCUGGCGGCCGCCGUGCACUCGCACACACUCUGCUCCAUGCUGGUCGCUGCUGGCGCAGACAAGGAGGCGGAGAAUGACGAGCCGCUCGUCUUCAGCUCAUCCUCGGAUGAAGACGAGGAGGAGGAGGUCGGGAAGGCUGCCUCGCCGUCAGUCGCAUGUCGCAAGAGACAAGUGGGCGGGCACACGCCGCUCGAUCUGGCCAAGUGUCACAAGGUGAGGAAGCUGCUGUCCUCCACGUCCUCCCGUCCACCGGGCAAGAAGGUCAAAGGCGACGCCGGUCAAGGGGCGGAGUCUAGUUGCCUGGACCGGCAGACACUGACCCGCCUGCUCCACGUACUGAGCGGCACCGACGUUCCGUGGAGGAAGCUGGCCGAGAAGCUGGGAAUGAUGACGCUGACUCACCUGUACCAGGACAGCCCCGCCCCCUGCCAACACCUGCUGCAACACUACCAGCUUGGCGGCGGUCCUCUCGAAGGUUUGCGCCAAGCUCUUCAGUCCCUUGGCCUGACGGACGGAGUGCGACUGCUAACGAGUGCCGCCGAGCGUCCCAGCGACAAGCACGACCCAGAGUCUACGGUGGACAGUGGCUUCAGCAGUCAGCCAAUGGAAGAAGAGCAGCCGCCUGUGGCCAAUCAGUGAGCAGCAGGAAACACGAGUUGUCUCGUCAUCAUGAGGACAUCAGAGUUCAGAGGUCACAGGAAAGUGGACACAAAAAAACAGCAAAAUGCAUGAAAAUAAGAUGAAAAUGAUCUCCCUAUUUUAAUAUUAUUAUUAUUAGAUCACAUGUUUUGUCUUGUUUGUCUUUCCGUUAAGGUGACAUUCUUGUGUUUUCAUGAAUAAAGUGUCCUAAAUGUGCAGUUCACUUCCAGUCCUGCAGGGGGCAUCGGGGGGACGGACGGACAAGCUGACGGGACAAUCCUCAAAAUAUUCAAUUUCAACUGACCAUGUGACACACGUUCUUUGUGUACAUACGGCGUGUCAUCUUGACAGCCUUCUGUUGCCAUGACAGCAGUCUCCAUGCGGCGCAGCCAUCUUAAGCGCUUGUCAUGGCGACCUGCUCCCCGUCUGUUGCCACGUCAGCCGUCAACUUCCUGUCACAAAUGAAACUUUUAUUGUGAAGUCUGACCUUGCAUGUGCUCCUGGUCCGCUUACGGUGCUGCCGCCUGUUGGCCGCUCAAGUGCGGCUUGCUCCUCUUCCUGCUUCCUCCUUCGUCUCUGCUUCUGCUCUCUUUGUUGUCCACUUCCUGCGGCAGCGUGGGGCUGGACCGCGCCCUCUGGAGGCCGCUGCUGUUGCGGUCGUCCUCAAAGAGCCGCGCUUCGAACGCCGACAAGUCGUUGCCGUCGCCGGCAGCCAUCUUGGCCCUCAGCAGCAUGGCGUAUGUACCGUAACGUGUUUUCUGUUGGGGAAAAGACACGGCAUGACGCCGCUGACAGGAAGUGGAGGGGUUUAUGGUGUUACCUCAAACUCCAAGUACUCCCGACGCAGCUUCUGCUCGUCCAGCUCGCGACCUUUCACUUUGUGCUGGGCUGUGGAUGCCAAGACGUCUUCCAGCUCAGCGGCUGCGGCCCUGAAGCGACCUUCAUGGGAUUUGAGCUGCUCUUCCUGUCGGCACAGAACAUUCCUCAACGUAACCCCGUUUGGACCCCGCUGAGAAGACGGUGGGCGUGUCCGCUACCUGCGACAGUUUGGUGUCAGAUCCCGGAAGCAGAGGACGGCUGAAUCGCUUCCGAGAGCCGAUGGCCGCCGGGAAAGGCGGCGCUGAGAACAUGGCUGCCACGGCGUUGAUGCGUGUGAUCCACGACUGCAUGUGCUCGGCGUUCCUGACGGGGAAAAGAGCCGAGAUGUUAGCGACGUGCUAACACGCCGACAUUCUGCCGAGGUGGUGAUGUCGGGUCUUACGGCGCCUGCAGCAAAAACACCCUCCAGUCAGCCGUGCGCAAGUAGAAGACGUUUGGACGUUUGCUGUAGUCCGCGGCUCUCAUGGCGAGGGAAUGGUGGACAGACACGGCGUUCUUCACGUCUUCCUCAGUCAGCUGGCGUUCAGCACGGUACUCAUCCUGUAAGCCAAUCAAAGUGCAGCCUCCCGUAAGGUGACCAUUCAAGGCAUUUGGUAAAUUGUACGUUUGAGGGACAUUGACCUUUUGCAGGUAAAGCACUCGACCCUUCAACAUGGCAUAGAAAGACUUCCAACCCCGCUUUCCACGCGGCGCUGGAACACAAAGCAAAAUGGAAUUAUGUCAAAUCAAUCUGACAAGAAAUAACCUAGAUCAGGGGUCCCCAAUUGGUGGUCACACUGGGCCGCGGGAAACUUUCAGGCGCAAUGAUAAAAAAAAAGUAACAAUUUUUUUUUAUUAAUUUAAUUUUAUGUUAAUGCAUAACAAUUUUGUAAAUAUGGACAUUAUUUUAUUCCAAAAAUAAUAUAUAGUUCGAUAUCCCAAAGUUUUUGCAUGUUUUUGUUGAGUGGUAACACAUUCCACUUGGUUCAACGGUCCAUGAACGCACCAUUGUGGGUGUGCUAACUUUCUCCCACACUGUACAGAUAAGACUACUAUACUGUAUUUUUCCCGUUUUUCUUUCACCUCCCAAAUGCUGAUACUGCUGUAUGUGGAGAUGCGUAAAGGUAAGGUUUGAUGACGUUUAUUGAGUGCUAAUGUGCGUAUUUGUUCUGUUAACGACCUCAAGUUAACUCAUAAUAGCAUACUGCCUGUUACAAAACAACAAACACACUCCAGGCUGCUACUGGUUGGCAGUGUUACAGAACCCAUAUUUUAGCGAUGCAAAAAUCUUGACACUGUGGAGGCGCGCUCGAUUUGGAGAGUCCGUGCGGAC